AUGUACUACGUGCACCCAACAGCUGGGGAGCUAUACUAUCUACGCAUGCUCUUGAUGUUUGUUUCAGGUGCCACGAGCUUCGUUGAUAUAAGGACCUUCCAAAAUACUGUGUACGAAACAUUCAGAGAGGCGUGCGAAGCUCGUGGUUUGCUCGAAGGUGACAAUGAGUGGAACCUACUAUUUGAUGAGGCAAUAGUCUCUGCCUCGGCGUUUCAACUUCGACAAAUGUUCGUUACCAUUGUCGUUCAUUGUCCUGUUUGCAAUGUUCGUGCUUUGUUUGACAAAUAUUGGAUCUACUUUACCGAUGACAUACAACGUGGUCUUAGAGAAGCCCUUGGCAACCCGCACUACACAGCUCCACAUGAACAACUUCUUACGUUGCUUUUGAGGAAGCUAGCAGACACGUUCGCUAACAGUGGUGCCAACAUAGCUGAUUAUGACCUUCCAAUCUUAUCGUCCUGUUGUGACGUAGUGUUUGGCAACCGGCUGAUAAACGACGAACUGAGUCCUGAACCAUUGCUAUUGCGUGACCAUGCUGCCGCUGCUGUCUCGCAGCUGAAUGCUGACCAACAGCUCAUUUUCGAAAGGCUGACUAAAUCUGCGGUCUCCUGCUUGCCGGGCGUAUUUUUCGUAUGUGGACAUGGUGGGACAGGUAAAACUUUCCUGUGGAACGCUAUACUCACGCAUUUGAGGUCCCAACAAAAAAUUGUGCUGGCUGUAGCGUCCUCCGGCGUGGCUUCACUACUAUUACCAAAAGGCCGUACUGCUCAUUCGCGUUUCAAAAUACCCUUCGAUCUAGAUGAAGGUGGUGUUUGUGGUGUCAAGAGAGGUACCAUGCUGUCUGAACUUAUACAGCGAACUUCUCUUAUCAUAUGGGACGAGGCGCCGAUGACCCAUAGACAUUGCUUUGAGGCCCUAGACAGGACUAUGCGUGAUAUUCUUUCCGAACAUAGAGCGGAAAAUGCGAACAUCCCAUUUGGUGGCAAACCUAUUGUGCUUGGAGGGGACUUUCGCCAGAUUUUACCUGUGGUGCGCAGAGGUUCACGAUCUGCAAUAGUGAACGCAUCAAUUACUAGCUCACCGUUGUGGCAGCACGCUACUGUUUUGAAACUGCGAACAAAUAUGAGGCUCUCCAACCCAUCUUUACAUGGUAAGGAACGUGCGGACUUGGAACAAUUUAGCAAAUGGGUCUUAGAUAUCGGCGAUGGUGCUCUGCCAGCGAUGACACGAGGAGACGAGUCCGAACCUACAUGGAUUACGAUUCCUGAAGAUUUGUUGAUACAUACGGAUGGUGAUGCUACUGCAGCACUCGUAUCCGAGGUCUACCCAGAAUUGUUAGAGAAAUAUAUGGACCCUACAUACUUAGCUACACGCGCCAUUGUAUGUCCUAAUAACCUUACAACCGAUAAAAUAAACGACUACAUUGUCUCAAUGCUCCCUGGACAUGGUGUCCAAUGCCUUAGCUGCGACACGAUCUCAAAGGCGUCUGAACGCAUACCUGAUUUUGACAUGCUAUAUCCUACUGAAUUCCUAAACUCUAUUAAUGCAGCAAAUUUCCCUUGCCACAAACUCGUGCUAAAAAGAGGCGUCACAGUCAUGCUGUUACGUAACUUGAACCAGACCGCGGGGCUUUGUAAUGGAACAAGGAUGCUUGUAACUGAGGUCGGACAGCGUGUUCUUAAAUGCGUAGUACUAACGCCCUCCGGAGUCGACGAAGAGGUUUUCAUACCGAGGAUUGCGCUUAACACUACCGAUGUCAAAUGGCCCUUCACAUUGCAAAGAAGACAAUUUCCGAUACGAAUAUGCUAUGCCAUGACGAUUAAUAAGAGCCAGGGUCAGACCCUCUCAACGGUUGGACUCUACCUUGACAGGCCUGUGUUUACGCAUGGUCAGCUUUACGUCGCUGUUUCAAGGGUUACAUCUAGAAGUGGUCUUAGAAUUUUGAUUGAAAAUCCUGAUGGUUCCUGCGGAUCACAGACUCGAAACGUUGUUUACCGAGAAGUAUUGCGAGCCGUAGAUGCGGACCCCCUACAGACUUCUUAG